GUCCAGGACAGUCGAUUCUGUCUUCACCCUGUAGCGCAAUUGUCACUCUCGAAUUGGCCGAUCGAUUGUCUUUUCUACCGGCAUUGGAGGGUGUACAAGGAACCAACUCGAACGAGGUGGACAAAAAGAAUAGUGCUGCUGUACUACCCAAUAAUACAACUGCUCCACAGCAAAAAGGACAAGAGAAGCUAGCAUCUUCUCAACGUGAACCACCAGCCCUUUUUAAGACUGCGUCUGGAACAAGUGCAACGAUAAAAACGACCAGUGGUAGUACCAUCUGCUUUCGUCAAAAUACUUAUACUAGAGGACAUGUGACCUCUUCUAAUGGGACCUUCAAACAUAACAAAGAACAAGAACUUGUAGUCCAAAGAGAGACGACUGGAACUACAAGAACAAUUUCCUCCAAUGUUGAACAAAAGGAGCUGCUCGAGGUUGUAGCAGUAGAGCCUAUCACCUCAUCUGGUGGAAAUAAUAGUAGUUGUACCUUAACAUCAAUAGAUGAAGUCACAACUAGUAAACUAAAUACCACUUCUUCUGCGAAAGGUACUACUGCAACUACUACUAGUGACCUCCAAGUAGUAAACAGCGGACCACAAGGAAACAACGGACCACGACAAGGAUCACCAGGUCUGAAUCACGUAUAUCAAAUUGACGAAACGAUAGGAGAAGAUGACGAGGGUUGCGACGCUUUCCCCUCUUCCGAAGAGGAGCCUCCAGCACCAAACAAGGAUGUUGACCAAGCACAAGCAGGGAAAGCAGCUACAUUAAGCGACCUUCUAAAUGCAACUUCUAGUACCAGGCGUCACAAAACCCAGAGUUUUAGCUAUCAUCCCAGCAAGCGCUCCUCUAGCAUUAAUUUCGGACCUGCAGACACUUCUUUAGCAAUGGGCACCACCAACACCAAUACGAAUACGUUGUUAGGGAGCAGUGCGCCAUCACGUCAACAUGGCGUACGUUCGCGUGCAUCUUUUUCGUGUUCCACCGGUAAUGUGUUGAGGAAGCCCCUUGUUGGAAGUCCUCACUUCAACGUUGACGAGAACGUGAACUUCAACACAACUUCAACUCCUGGUCGACAACUCUUCAAGCCGCGUCAGAAGUCUCGCACCUACUCCGCUCUGCUAUUAACAGGAGCUGCGCGCAAGGCUGUAGACUGUACCGGAAGUACGAUGCAGCCAGAGCGAAUGUGCGAAGUAUGCCUCGCCAGGGAAACUACUUCUCCGCAAUCAGAAAACAACGCGAGUUGUGCUACUAAUGGUCGUAACGGUAACUUAACAAAGCAGGAAACAAAAGGAGCAAAUCUAACUGAAAAUCAUGCGAAUGCUAAAACAAACCCAAGAACUAGUAGUUGUACUCAUAUUACACCGAAACGAAUGCGCACCUUCACGACUACAACUUUCACUCUCGAAGGUGACUCGUUGCAGAUUGAGGCACAAGAGCAGAUCACCACCGCUGACUCUGGACAGUCAGACUUUCCUCCCGUGCUGUCGAACGACGAUAUGAAAUCCUAUUCUUCUGACCUAAAAGCAUCUUCAGAAGUGCUAGAACAACUGCACCAUCAACAUUAUAGCAACUCUAGUAACUUUCUCACGUGCGAUGACUGUGGUUGUUGUCGUUGCGAACGCUGUGCAGGACGUAGUUGGGUCUCUGGCACUUGCGACAGUUGCAACCAAACUCUGUGCGUUCUCUGUGCUACUAAAAAGGGGAUUUCGCACUGUUACGCCUGCGGAC